AUGGAUUCAACAAUAGCCACUCCAUGCCCUUCUACUCCCAAAUGGAAUGUGGAUCGACCAUUCCUCACCGGCCGAUUCCACCAGGAAACAAAAUCUACAUCUGGAAUUCCUGAAUCAAAGGGUUUUUCUACUGAUCACUUCAGUCCCGGUGUGGACAAGCCCAUAGGUUGUUACCAUGCUGCUAUUCAGGAAUUGAUUGUUAUUGAUGAUCUAUUAUAUUCUUUGAUCGGAAUUGAAGGAAGAUAUAUUUCAAUCAAGAGAGCCCGAGGAAAGGACGAUAGUGUAAUCUUCCAAGUUGACUCAUCUAUGGAUUUGGCGCUUCAGGACUCUGCGAAACGGAUUAUUCCAUUGUGUGAGAGCUACUUAUUAGUUAGUCAGUUUGUCGAGUCGAGAUCCCAGUUCAAGACUGGCCUCGUCAAUCAUGCUUUUGCAGCUGCACUAAGAGCACUCCUUCUGGAUUACCAAGCUAUGGUGGCUCAGCUCGAACAUCAGUUUCGACUGGGAAGACUUUCUAUUCAAGGAUUAUGGUUUUAUUGUCAGCCAAUGAUGGGCUCAAUGCAAGCUUUGUCCAUAGUGAUAAAGAAGGCUUCAGCUAAUAAUUUUACUGGUUCUGCUGUUCUUAACCUCUUGCACACCCAGGCCAAGGCCAUGGCUGGUGACCAUGUAGUCAGGUCGCUGCUGGAAAAGAUGACACAAUGCACAAGCACAGCAUAUCUUGGAAUAUUAGAGAGGUGGGUCUAUGAAGGAGUGAUUGAUGAUCCUUAUGGUGAAUUUUUCAUUGCUGAGAACAAGUCUCUCCAAAAGGAAAGUCUGACUCAAGAUUACGAUGCUAAAUAUUGGCAACAACGUUACAGCCUGAAAGGUGACAUCCCUAGUUUCCUUGCAAAUGCUGCUGAAACAAUUUUGACCACUGGGAAAUAUUUAAAUGUCAUGAAAGAAUGUGGGCACAAUAUUCAGGUCCCCAUGGCAGAAAAUUCAAAGUUGACGAGCGUUGGAUCCAGUCAUCAUUAUCGUGAGUGUAUCAAAGCUGCUUAUGAUUUUGCCAGCGGCGAGCUAUUAAAUCUCGUAAAAGAGAAGUAUGACUUGAUGGGAAAACUGAGGUCAAUCAAACACUAUCUUCUUCUUGAUCAGGGUGAUUUUUUAGUUCACUUUAUGGAUAUAGCUCGAGAGGAGCUCAUGAAAAAGCCAGAUGAAAUUUCUGUGGAAAAGCUGCAGUCCCUGCUGGACCUUGCAUUGCGAUCAACAGCAGCUGUAGCAGAUCCCUUCCACGAGGACUUAACAUGUUGUGUGGAGCAAACCACAUUAUUGAAAAGGUUGAGUACACUCAAAGAUCUUGAAAUCAGCCAAACUGUUUCCAGCAGUAGUGAUUUAGAAGAACCAGUGAGCAUUACAGGCUUGGAAACAUUUUCUCUGAGUUACAAGGUUCGAUGGCCAUUAUCCCUGGUCAUAUCAAGAAAGUCCUUAACAAAAUACCAGCUGAUUUUUCGCUCUCUGUUUCACUGUAAGCAUGUCAACAGGCAACUCUGUGCAGCAUGGCAACUACAUCAAGGCCUCCGCAGACUUGACAUGCAAGGGAUAGCUAUCUCCGUUUCAUCUCUGCUGUGUCGUAAUAUGCUUAAGUUUAUAAAUAGCCUUCUGCAUUAUCUGACUUUUGAGGUUCUUGAGCCAAAUUGGCACGUGAUGCAUAACAGACUUCAAACUGCAAAGAGCAUUGACGAGGUUAUACAGUACCACAAUUUUUUCCUCGAGAAGUGUCUGAGAGAAUGUUUGCUUCUUUCACCUGUUCUUCUCAAGAAGGUGGAGAGGAUGAAACUGAUUUGCCUUCAAUAUGCAUCGGCUACUCAGUGGUUAAUUACCUAUUCAAAUGACACUCCCAAGACUGAUGGUUCUCCAAAUGUCAAAAAGUACAAGCAACUGAAACUAAGGAUACCGUCUCAGAUACAGAAAGUAGCUUCUGAAAAUGCGACAGUCAUCGAAUCCAUACUGAAAUUUGAGAGGGAAUUUACUGCUGAGCUUCGGAGUUUAGGACCAAUCUUGAGCAGCAGUUCUCGUGCAGAGCCAUAUCUGACUCAUCUUGCGCAGUGGCUUCUUGGUGUGGGAAGGGACUAA